AUGUCAUUCUCAGAUUUCUCAAAAGUUGAAUCAAUUAAAUCAUUAAACGAUUUCUUAGCUGAUAAAUCAUAUAUUGAUGGUUCAAAACCAACUCAAGCUGAUGUAACCACUUACAAAGCUUUCCAAAAAGAAUAUCCACAAUUCACCAGAUGGUUCAACCACAUUGCAUCAUUCACUGAAGAAUUCAAUGACUUACCAGCCGGUAAUGCUCCAGCUGCUUCAAAAUCUGCUGCUGCCCCAUCUAAAGCUGCUGCUGCUGAAGAAGAUGAAGAUGAUGUAGAUUUAUUUGGUUCAGAUGAUGAAGAUGUUGACGAAGAAGCUGAAAAAUUAAAACAACAAAGAUUAGCUGAAUACGCUGCUAAAAAAGCUGCUAAAGGUCCAAAACCAGCUGCUAAAUCCAUCGUUACUUUAGAUGUUAAACCAUGGGAUGAUGAAACUGAUUUAGAUCAAUUAUUAGCUAACUUAAAAGCUGUUGAAAUGGAAGGUUUAACUUGGGGUGCUCAUCAAUGGAUUCCAGUUGGUUAUGGUAUCAAAAAAUUACAAAUUAAUUUAGUUGUUGAAGAUGCUUUAGUUUCAUUAGAUGAUUUACAAGCUGCUAUUGAAGAAGAUGAAGAUCAUGUUCAAUCUACUGAUAUUGCUGCUAUGCAAAAAUUAUAA